UGGAGAGAGUGAGAGAGAGAGAGAGAGAGGGAGAGAGAAAGAGAGAGACUCGCUGGUUACUCGCAGCCCAGUGUUCCAUUGACGGUGCUGAAGGUUGGGCGUGACGGUGCCCGAGGGUGGCUAUUAGCGGGGCAGCUGGAGACGCGCCUUGCGGUGUGUGUGUGUGAGUGCCUUUAAUGCCCUGCCGGAGUGACAGGGAGAGUGCCAGGGGUGCAACGGCUGGGUAACUGUCCAGGUGAGGCCGACCUUCCCGCUCUGUCCUUUUCCUUCUGCAGCAGCGUCGAGCGGGCAGGUUCCCUGUGUGUGUGUCUCAGGUCGCCGGAUGCCAAACUUGGGGUAGUGACGAGGUUCAGCGCAGCGGCGCUGACUCGGGCUGUGCAAGGGUCGUGGAAGACGGCGGCGGCUGCUGCUGCAAUAGCAACAGGCGGAGGGUGAAGUCCCUCGGGCGCGGGCAGGAGGUGAGCCCCCCCCCCAGGCAGCCAUGGGGCGGGGGGGCGUCGUGGGGGGCAGGUAGUGGCCAGCAUGGCGCACCUCCACGACCAUGACCCCGACAACGAUGAUAUCGAAAGGGAGUUGUACCAGCUGGGCCUCACCGACACUCCGCCGCCCCCGCCACCCGCUCUCCGCGGCGCCCUCCCCGCCGCCUGGCCGCUUGCGUCCUCCGCCCGCAGUCGCUCCGCCCCUUCUAUUCAAGAGGACUCGUUUGUGGACCCUCCAGUUGGCGUCCACCCGCGACCCCCGCAGGCCCCUUUGACCCAGCAUGGCCUCGUUGUCACUGGUGACCUGGGCCGCGCCAGGCUUGGUCUGUGGGGCGGCGCGCCUCCGCCUCGGUUCGCCGUGCACCACAGCCUCACCAACCUGUCCCUCGACAACCCUGGACACACCAAUCCGACUCCAGCAUGCAACCCCAACCCCGCUCCCAACCCUGCCCCUCCAACUGCCGCCGCCGCCGCUGCUGUUGCGCUUUACAACGGCGCCUUGGCGUCCACUGGCGGGGAGGAGCCGCCCGAGGCCACGCUGCCGGCGCUGACCACGGCGGCGGCGGCGGCGGUAGUGACAGCGUGGGGGCAGGAUCCGGGAGGCGUGCACUACCCUGGCCACGUGAUGCCGCAGGACUUCAACAAAUUGCCCCGCGGCCCACGAGGCACCUCCCCGCACCCUGACAUCACCGAUGAGGACGAGGAGCGCCUCGCGGCCCUGGUGUCUAGCGUGGAGGCGGCACUGCGCAGAAUUCACUCUGGGCUGCAGGAGUCCUACAUUAUGUACGAGAACCCCGACGAUGAAGAAGACCCUCCCCCUCCCCAGCCCGUCACGGCCUCUCUCAGGGACCCACCGCCCUCCCCAGUACCCCCUCAUGAGAUUUCAGGCUCCCCGCCGCCCCCUGCCAGCCCGCCUGAGCCUCUGGCUGCCGGGCCGCCGCCUGGAGGGAUUGGAGUGGGCGCCCCUCGCCUGGUGGGGCCUGAUAACGCCUCGCGUCUUUCGCGGGAGUUGGGCUUCAUCCCCAUUCAGGAAGGCGCCCCCCAGCCUCCCCCACCUCCACCCCGCCCUGCUGAACACCACAAGGCCCACCACCACCGGCAUCACCUCCACCACCAACACAAGCUCAGCAAGAAAGUCAAGAAUCACAAGUCCAAGGUGCUGUUAUCUGGGCUGAUGAGCUGCCCCGGCCCAGGCUUUCGACUGCUGCACCUCAGGCGGGACCCUGCGUCAGGCCAAGGCUUUGGUUUCUCCAUCAAGGGUGGACGUGAGGCCGGAAUUGGCGUGUACGUGUCCCGGGUGGAGCAGGGCGGGCCGGCGUGGCGGGCGGGGCUCAGGCCGGGGGACCUGCUGCUGGCUGCCGACAACACCAACUUCUCGUCCGUCACACACGCCGAGGCCAUCGCUCUGCUGAAGUCCGCGGAGGAGGUAACGCUGACGGUGGCGACGACGAGCCAGCUGCCGGCGCCGGUGGUGGUGGCUCAGACCUACUCGUGGGUCACUGCCGACGGCCGCGCCACCUCCCCACCCCCUGAAUACAACCCGAGGCUACACCACCAUCAGGUUUCCACGGUUGAGGUGGAGGUGGUGGGUUCUGAGUCCUUGGGUCUCAUGAUCAGAGGAGGAGUCGAAUACUCGCUUGGCAUCUUCAUAACAGGGGUAGACCAGGACUCGGCUGCUUACAAGGCUGGCCUCAAGGUAGGCGACCAGAUUUUGGAGGUCAACGGCGAGAGCUUCCUGGCGGUCACUCACGACACAGCAGUCAACAUCCUGAAGUACUCCCGCCGCCUGCAACUGUGUGUGCGGCGCGUGGGAAGGAUCCCUCACUCUUGCACCACCUACGACCGACGCUCCUGGCCACCCUCCGCUAAGAAAGACAACGGAAGAUCAGCGGAGAACAUGGAGGCGACGCUGGCGAUGAUAGAGGAGAAAUCGGAGCGGGUGCUGACAAGGGCUGCCCAUGCGCGCCUUAGGGAGGUGGUGAGUGACUAUGCGGCAGGCAGGGUCCCCAUUCACCACCUGCUGACCACUGCCAACGAGCUGCUUACCUCCCCCGACAAGCUGAGCCUGCUAACGGAGCUGCGGGAGGCGGUGCGGCCUGAGGACCAGGUCAUAUUCGAUGCGGCAGUGUUUCGCGGCGCUGCCAGGCCCCGGGAGAAGACUAACGCGUAUGGGAAUCAGGUCUCCAAUUUGGAUGAUUUCAUCGACUUCUACAACAACCGAAUGGAAAUCCAAAGUGGUGGUGGUGGUGGUGGUGGCAAGGGUGGCGGCGGCGGCGGCGGCGGAGCGGAGGAGGCAAGUCUGGGCCUCCUCCCGGCAGACCACGGCAGAGAGGCAGCCCAUCCCGUCCGUGCCACACCACCCAGCGAGGAUUCUGGUGUGGAACUGAGCAAUGGAGGAGCCAUGAGGCGGGCUGGAGCGCAGGGGCGGCGUCUUGAGAGAAAACGAAGUAGCAAAGGGAAAAGAGAAAACGGCAAGGAAGGGGUGACUUGGGCAGACGACGCCGGCAAGAGUCAGGCCAUCGCCACCAGCCAGGAGUUCGAUGCGGAUGAUGAUGGGAGUGAGGGAAGAUAUGAAGACAUGGGAGGAACAGGAGGAGGGGGAGGAGGAGGAGGAGGAGGAGAAGGAGCAGGGGACCGUCGUGCUGCCUCUCAUCCCCACCGCCACCACCACCACUACUCCACUGCAGGUCAACAAGCCAAGCGGGAAAAGAUACUGGUUAAGAGAUACUCAGAGAGACAGUUGCCAAAGCUCCACGAUGUGUUGGGCAGUGCUAAGCAGCAGCCCCGCCGACACAGCCACACGGGGGACUCGGCGGCGCUCGGCAAAGCCCUCGCCAAGCCGCCCGGCUCACACCACCACGCCCACGGGCAGCGCUCCGCCCACGCCCGCAAACAGUACGAUGACUUUGAGCGGCCCUCAGGAAGUAGAGGCCGCGAGGAUUACGAUGGAUUGGCGUCCUCUCCGUCCCGUUUAAGGGAUGAGUACAGCAGGUUGUCCCCACGCGGGAGAGAGGAGUACGACCCCCAGGGAGGAUGAGGGACGACUACGACUCGUCGCCUUCACGGGUGAGGCACGACUAUGACCAUUCAUCUCAGUCUAGAGGUAGAAGUGAUUACGACCAGGCAAGGAACGACUAUGAGGAGUAUGAGAGGCCGAGAGGGAGGGACGAGUACGAGCGGCACUCCCCCGCCCCCCGCGUGAGGGACUACU